GACCCCACUAACUCCAGCUGUCAACAGGGCGUACCUACUACUAGCAGUAAAGACCUAACAUUAAUGCGUGAAUAGCUCCUUCAUAGCGCGCUUCUUCUUAGUUGUAAGGGAAGUCGAAGUGGUGAACUCGACAAAACAAAAUAAAACGAAAAAAUGGUAGGGCAACAAUAACAACAAUAACAACAAUAACAUCAAAGUAUAAUCAAAACAUCAACAUCCAACUCCUACCAUACUCUCAUUCCACAGCAAUCAAUGGAUCUAACAACGCCAUUAUGGCUUCAGUGACUUCUCUUGGGCUGCAUCAGCCUACUGCCCUUCAAUACGCUGUACAAGAGCAACUUCUGCCAGAGAAUCCGCCUAGCUCUUCCUAUGAUUGGGACAUCACUGUCGGCCAAGCUGCUGGCCAACAAGGUGAAGAUGAGCUUCUGGUUACCAAAGAUACCGUUAUUUGGUCCAGAGGUUGUGUUUUUCGAAAAUGCUUCGGCUUCAAACUAGAGAAGGAACCGAUCAUACAAGCUUUGCUGACCUAUUUCCCCAACGCCGAGGACAAGAAGAAGAGUCAAGAGGAUGACGACCAGAAAGAUAAAUCCAAGAAGAAUGGAACCAUCCUAUCCAAAGCCUUGGUCGUCUUUCUCAAGACCCAGGCUCAUGUGUACUUUCUCGAUGGCACAAGUCACGUGGUUCAUAUGCCAUUUGAAGUCGAGUCUGCUUGUGCGGCUCCUCAAGGCGUCAUCAUACAACGAAGACUACGGACUGAUACCGGUCUGGCUGCCAGUCUAAAAUUCCCUAGAGUUCCUCCAAACUCAUUCAUCACCAAUCAACUCUCUCCCGCCGCUAUUCGCUCCUCACAUCCUACCUUCUCUACCGAGACUCUAGGAAAACCAAAGGCACUGCCCCUUAGACUAAACCCCAACCUCGACAAUCUCUGGGAUGGUCCCGAGAAGAAUGACUCGAAAUGGCCACGUCUGGUCACGCUCACCGAUCCUUUGCUAGAGCUUGGACUAGUCGUCACUCCUCCUGACAAGUCUAUUAGACCCAAGGCUCGUCGGGGUUCUGAGAAAUCUCCCAUCUUUCUUGAUCGAACUGAGGAAAUCGUUCAUAUCGAAGAUAUAACACAUUAUCAAUCCGCCAAGAGGCGCAAGGGAAAGCUGAUUAUUGCAGUGACCGUUAAUAAAGAGACCUGCAUGUACAGCAUUUGGAAGCUUACUUAUAUUACCAAUGAAGAUCCAUUCAUUCAUGGACGAAAGGCUGGGAAGAAGAAAACGGACCGCCGGCGGAGUUCGAUGCAACCUGGCUUGCCUAGCGGUGCAGCCACGCCAAUGCAUCCAAACUUUAGAGAGAGUUUCGGCGCCCCUUUGCCUGGAAAGCGGUCACGUAAGAGCGAAAGACUUGAGAAGAACGACAAAAUCCUAGAGAAUCUUGAAUCUUCACUAGGUAUAGAGAAGGAAUCGGGUGUGACCCGCCGUACUUCUCGUCGUGUGAGCUCCAUGCUCGCUAGGGCAGACCUUUCUGCUUCACAGGACAGAACGACAUUUUCGGAGCAAGCCCAAAUAAUCAGCCACCCCAAUACGCGGCGGGAUACUUCACAUGGUAGCCACCGAGGACGAAAUAGCAGUAUUUUCUCUGGAACGAGCUUUUACGGAACCAGCCAUGCUGCGAAUACACUCUUGGAAGCACCGGUUGACAACUUAUUAGAGGAACUGCGUGGAGGAGGCGACUUUGAAGGCUUUCAUACUAUGGGCCUAGAUGACCAUGAUUUCGAUGGGCUAACCCAAGAGAUGCUGUUCACAAAAAUCCACACAAUCCCUAUCGACAACAGUAAUGUCCGAUAUUCACUCUCGAAACAUCCGGCUCGGACUCAAUGCAAAGUCUUCUGUUUGACCGGCCCUGAAACCUUCCAGGAUGACUGCCAGCAGGUCUUGGUAGGAAUUCAAGACCCAAUGGAGAAGCGUUUGCAAUUGUUAACUCUCCACUUACAACCAAGCAAGUCCGAUCCUGACGGGACGGCCAUCACCUUUGGGCAGCUCAGAAAGGCGCAAAAUGUCAUCGACUCAUGUAGGAUAGUCGAUGGCGAUAUUUCAAUGAUUUUGGUGUUGUCACAGUCUACUGAAGGCCAGCGCGAGCUUAGUAUUCAAGCGCCCUGGGCCCAGCUGACAUCUAUACCCCUGCCUCCCAAACUGUCCCUUGCCAACCUGGGUAGCCUUGACUACCAUGGCAGUCUUGUCAAUAGGGAAGUCGGCAUUAGAAGAGCUGUGACUCCUAUAAUUGGGGAAAUUGCAGGCCUGCGACACCCCAAAUUGCAUGGCGUGGUAGAUAUUCUAGACGAUGACACCCAGCAAUAUCACCAAAUUCGAAUACAACUUCAACCUACUUCCCCAAGGGUUUCGAAAAUUCUUCAGGUUCUCCGGUCAGCUUUGCCAGCCUCGUCCAGGGAAAGACUACUUGUUAACUGGUGGGAAAUCGUCGCAUGGCUUCGAGAACAAGAGGCGGACGUGACGGAUAUCGAAUGGUCAGCCAUCGUUAUCCAAAUACUCUCAAUAUACCUUGCUCUUGGUAUCGAUGAAAAAACACUGCCAGUGGAAAAAACACGCCGGAGGACCAGGGGCUUGAGGUCUAGCAGUGGAGCACAGGUUGACCUCGGCGAUUGGGACGCUAUGAACGCAUACGAAAUCCCAGGCUCAUUGACACAUCCGCCAUGGAUAGAGAACAAGGCGUGGCAAUGGAUUAUGGAGGAGGAUGAUUCUUCGUCGACGAUGUUUUGGCCAACCCCUGGACGAGGAAAUUUAGGUUUCUUAAAUUCACAUACCAAGCUGGCCUUGAGUUACUUAUCCUCUAGCCAUGGUGAUGCAGCAUGUGGUCCAGAUGGAUAUCUUCCGACCUCUCCCAGUCACGACUAUAUAACGCGAAUGCGUUAUUCUCAGGAUAUGUUCCUUGCGCUGCAUUUGCUUUUAGAAGAGCAGAAGCUUGACAUCACGUCAUUCCACGUAUCAUCACCAGGCUCAGUAGACCUCCGAGCCAUUCUCCUCCAAGUCUCUCGAUGGCUAAAAUGGAAUGAAUGGGUUAACUACUAUGAACUCGAGAUGCCAUUAGACUGGCCAGAGCAGAAGACGGGAUAUACCAACAUAUCACUGUCCCUUGCACCUUCACAGCCAUCGUACUGGAACGUUUUUGAUUGGAUUCAUAUGAAUCUAUCUCAGGAGCCCAAUUCGUCAGCAUUUGUACCACCAAUAAGAUCGGUGAUGACUUAUCCAAUUGUCCCUCGCACGAGAAUGUUCGAAGAUCUAUUCAAAGCACUCUCUUUGCGGAGUAGAUCUCCAGUAGACUUUGUGGAAGCAAUGUACCAAAGCGGGAUUACCUCGCUAAUUCUAGAGUCCCUACCAGAAUAUGUGCUUGUUCCGCUUCAGGAUGCAAUUGCUCAAUGCCAACCAUCUCCACCGACUAGAUGGCCCAAGGGAUUAUUAGAGCUAGUCAAAAGAGAUGACAUGGAUUCAGUUUUAACGCGAUCCAACACCCUCCGUGUGCGCUCAUCUAACGUACUGGCCUCGAAUCAUACUGCAUCGUGGGAUUUCAAUUCACUUUGUCAGAAUAUAAUGAAUUUUAAUGAUGCACCCUUCGAUGAUGUCGCAGAAAGCGACAAGCAAGCUGUAAUACAUACUCUAUUCAGAGAAGACCGACGUCUUGAUGAGAUAAACCUGAUGCUCAACACGACUAAGCCACGGAUCAUGCGUCUAGAUCCCUUGCCAGAAUGGUCGGAGGCAUACUACCUUGAGCAGCAGAAGGAUAUGGUGACGAGGCUUGCUAACAACACCUUGUCCAUACCAGCUGGCCGUGGCUUAAUGAACUAUGGAUUACGAUAUCCACUGCUUACCCAGAAGUUCCACAUCAAUGGCUUCGUUCUCAACUGCACUGUACAACCCAAUAACGUGACGGUAGGAGUCGACAAGUCACUUUUCACCGAGGAAAGAAUAGCCUGGGCGUUUUUCCAUUCGGGCGUUGCUAGUGGGCUGUCUAUUUCUCGUCAAGCGAGUGGCAUAGACUCAUCAUGGAUCCUUUACAACAAGCCUGGCAACGACCUUAGUAAUAGACACGCUGGAUUCCUUUUGGCACUUGGUCUCAAUGGUCAUCUCAAGGGAGUUGCCAAAUGGGUUGCCUUCAAGUAUCUCACUCCAAAACAUACCAUGACGUCUAUCGGAUUGUUACUAGGAUUAGCGGCCUCUUACAUCGGAACCAUGGACUCACUCAUCACACGUUUACUGUCCGUUCACGUCACACGAAUGCUGCCCCGUGGUGCUGCAGAGCUAAACCUAUCAGCUCUAACCCAAACAACUGGUAUCAUGGGUAUCGGUCUGCUCUAUUGCAACAGUCAGCAUCGCCGGAUGAGCGAAAUUAUGAUGUCCGAGAUUGAAUACGUCGAGCCGGAUGAUGAAGAUGAGCCACUCCGUACCGAAUGCUAUCGAUUAGCUGCCGGCUUCGCCCUUGGAUUUAUCAACCUUGGAAAAGGCACCGACUUGAAAGGCCUUCAUGAUAUGCGCGUCACCGAGAAACUCUUAACUUUAGCUUCAGCAACUAAGAAAGCUGAGCAAGUGCAUAUUCUAGAUCGAUCCACGGCUGCUGCUGUGGUAGCGAUCGCGCUCAUCUAUAUGAAGUCGGAAGACCAUAUAGUAGCUCGAAAGAUCGACGUCCCUGACGCGCCAAUACAGUUUGAUUAUAUCCGUCCAGACAUAUUGUUGCUCCGUACUGUCGCCAAACACCUCAUCCUAUGGUCAGAGAUCGAGCCAACCCAUGACUGGAUUCGUAAGAAUCUCCCUGCGUCUUACCAUUCCAGACUAGGACCAGUUGAUCCUCGAACCUAUCCACCUCGUGGGCCUCUUAAUUCGACGCACUUACCUUUUCUAACAAUAUUAGCCGGGUUGUGUUUUGCCAUGGCACUUCGCUACGCUGGCUCAGGUGACUUGAAAGUCCGUGAUCUUCUUCUCUGUUAUAUUCAGAGAUACUACAGGCAAUGUCGCUCUGCUAGUCCCAGGGCUAGUUUUGACGAGAGAACGGUGGCGGUGGCAGCGCGUAUGUGCCUUGACGUUGUUGGACUUUCUUGCGCAACUGUUAUGGCUGGUUCAGGUGAUUUGGCGGUGCUUCGAUACUUACGAUCCCUUCACGCCCGAAACGACCCCGAUACAACUUACGGUUCCCACAUGGCAACACACAUGGCAAUCGGUACACUAUCGCUUGGUUCCGGUACCCAAACUUUUAAUACUUCGAACCUAGCCAUUGCCUCAUUACUCGUCGCCUUUUACCCCGUAUUUCCGGAUUCCGUGCAGGACAACAAGAGCCAUUUGCAAGCCUUCCGGCAUUUUUGGGUCUUGGCCACGGAUCCUCGGUGCUUAGUUGUGAAGGAUAUAGCGACAAACAUGCCCGUAAGAGUGAACAUCUCUCUACGAAUGAAAGACCAGAGCCAAGAGGAGGGGCGGGUGGCUCCGACCAUCGUGCCUCCCCUAGACGAUAUAACCCGAAUUCGGAUAUUUUCAGCGGAGUUUUGGGAUGUCGAGUUGGAUUUUGAAGCCCACCCGGAGUAUAGGGACACCCUCAAACGUUCAUAUACGCUCUUCGUCCGCAGGAGGCCCGUUAGUGACAGUCCAUUUGUAACUACGAUGCUCGCACUAGGACAGCACGGUGGCCUGGUGGAUAUGAACCCCUUGUCGAUAAAUCCGGAAGCGCAACCUUUCGAGUGGCUUUUUGAUAAGGUACCAACCCUCCAAAAGCUCACACACGCUGAACGGAACAUCGUUCUCGAUCGUAACAUAGGAGGUCCCGACGUCGGCAAUGGCGCAGUCGCCGCCGUGGACGCGCGUCUCGUCCUAGAGGGGGUCAUCGAGAGCGGAAACAGAGAUGAUUUACUAGGGUUGAAGAGCUUAUUCGAGUGGGUUGAGUGGAAAGCGAGGAAAACUCACGAGGACAAGAAGAAUGUGGUUAAAGAGGUGCAGAAGGACAAUGGCAAGAGGAAGGGAAAGGGGAAGGCGAAGGAGAAGGAGACAGACGGCGAAACCUCGAAUCAAGCUGCUGCUGUGGCUGCUGCCCCUGAGAAUAACGAUAGGCAAGUGUCGCACUGGGGCGGAGAGGGGUGGCUGAGGGAGAGCAUCGUGGAGGAUUUGAGGGGAGGGGUGGGGCUUAUCGGUAGGCCUUGAUGAUCUCCCUCUUAUUUGCCCUCCCAUCCCCCCCUACCCCCCCCUUCAUGAUAUUUUCCCUUGCUUCUCCUAUAUUGGCGCGUGGAAUAGGUACCUACCUAUGUAGAUAUAUCAUUAAAGGGCAUGUAUGUAAAGGUGUUGUGUUGGCAUUGGUGUUGGUGUUGGUGUUGGUGUUUUAAAAAGAAAAAAAAAGGGUUCUGCCAUCUCAUUUUCUCUUUAUUUAAUGUUCUUGAUGAGAAUAAGGAGAAUGAGAUGAGUAAAUG